CUGGAAGCCCUAAGUUGGGUAAGAAAUUAAAAGCAAUUUGUGUAAAUCUAUAUCCCUGGGUGGAAAGUAUCAGCAGAGAUCCUUUCAUCACUCAGCCUAAGUGGAAAGCCAGAUGAGUGUGUCUGAAACUCAGAUUGGUGUCUAAAAUCUCGGGAAAGAUAAGCUGCUGUGCUGGUGAUCUAUUGGAAAUACGGAUUGAUCCACACCUCUUCCUGGAGUGAUUGGCUUGUCCCUGCUUUGCCGUGUGGGGGGGGAAAAGGAGACCGCGGCAGAACAGCAAUUGUGAGGAUGCUCGGAUUCCACUGACCAGCCCAUUCCUUAGCUCAUGGGAGCAAGAUGGAAAAGGAGAAGUGGCGUAAAGUAAUGGGCCAGGAGGCACCGGCUGUGCCCGAGUCUCUUCUCUAAAGAGCGGUUGCAGAUGUUGAGGAAGCCGCAAGGGAGAUGCGUGAAUAAACCAAAAUGGAAGGAGGCCCAGAUCUGCAGCUCCAGCAGCUUCCACUCACAACAGCUGCUGUAUCUGUACUGCCCCAUGAGGAUCCCUAUUCUUACAAGGAAAACUUGAUUGGUGCAUUACUAGCUAUAUUUGGUCAUCUAGUUAUCAGUAUUGCACUCAACCUCCAGAAGUAUAGCCACAUCCGGCUGGCAGGUUCCAGAGACCCUCGGGCCUAUUUCAGGACCAAGACAUGGUGGUGUGGUCUGUUUUUUCUGCUGCUGGGAGAACUGGGGGUGUUUUCGUCCUAUGCCUUUGCACCUCUUUCACUGAUUGUGCCACUCAGUGCAGUGUCUGUUAUAGCUAGCGCAAUCAUAGGGAUUAUAUUCAUUAAAGAAAAGUGGAAACCCAAAGACUUUCUGAGACGCUAUGUUUUGUCCUUCGUAGGCUGUGGUUUGGCAGUCGUUGGAACUUACCUGCUGAUUACAUUUGGACCCAACAGUCAUGAGAUGAUGACCGGAGACAAUAUAACUAAGCAUUUAGUCAGCUGGCCAUUUCUUUUAUAUAUGCUUGUGGAAAUCAUACUGUUCUGCCUGCUGCUGUAUUUUUACAAGAGGAAAAAUGCAAACUACAUAGUAGUUAUUCUUCUGCUGGUAGCAUUGCUGGGGUCCAUGACUGUAGUGACUGUGAAGGCUAUAGCAGGCAUGAUUGUUGUCUCAAUACAAGGAAGCCUCCAGCUCGGCUACCCUAUAUUCUAUAUCAUGUUGGUAUGCAUGGUUGCAACAGCGGUAUUUCAAGCAAGGUUUUUAACCCAAGCCUCGCAGCUGUAUGACUCAUCUCAGAUUGCCAGCAUAGGCUACAUCCUGUCCACAGCAACAGCGAUUACAGCAGGAGCAACCUUCUACUUGGACUUCACUGGUGAAGAUGUUCUCCAUAUAUGCAUGUUUGCACUAGGGUGCCUCAUUGCAUUUUUAGGUGUCUUCUUAAUCACAAGAAACAAGAAGAAAUCCAUACCAUUUGAACCCUACAUCUCCAUGGAUGCUAUGCCAGGCAUGCAGAAUGUGCACGACAAAGGAAUUGCAGUUCAGCCUGACCUCAAAGCUUCCUUUUCCUAUGGUGCCCUGGAGAACAAUGAGGCCAUGGCCGAGAUCUACACUCCAGCCACACUGCCAAUAGUGCAGGAGGAGCAUGGUUCCAAAGGAGUUUCUGCACUGCCCUAUCGUGUGCUGGAGCACAGUAAAAAGGAGUGAGUGCUCUUUAAGAAGCUGACUUAGGGCAACAAGAGUGUGGUCUUUAUUUAUUUAUCACUUUGGUUUUUAGAUCCAUUAAAAUAUAGAUGAGUAUGUGAAAGCUGAACUCGGUAUGGUUUAAAACUAGUCUCAAACUUAACUUUCAAGACGGAUUAUUUGAAUAAAGGACUCCGUAUAGUUGUGAACUUGGAAACAUUUGUCCUAAGCUAGCAGGAAAUCAUAGUCCUCCUUUUAAGGUGGCUAACUUUGAACGUGCAAUGACAGGCAGUAUUGUGGCUCUCUGAUACUGACCAGACAGCUGGCACUGUGAAGAUGUGUGAAGCUAUGUGAAGUACAGUGACUGUCGCUUUUCAGCUCGGCCAGCAGUAGGUACAACACAAACUGAAGUCAACAGGACGGUUCAUCAUGUAUCAAUUAUGAAGGCGGUCCAGAAAGUUGGACCAUGAUGUGUUGGUUACCUCAUAAAAACUUCUUUAACAUGGCAUUAAAAUGUCACUGAACUAAAGCAAAAGAAGGUUGGCCAGUACUGUGUUUUAGGAAUGGUAUAAAACAGUAGAAUAAGGAAGUAAAUGAUCUGAUCCACCUUUAAUUUUUUCCAGACCAUAAACGUGUUGCAUUUCUCAAUAACCGCUACUCUGUCUAGUGUUGCGUGAGAUGUGCAUGUUAAAUGUUUUUGUGUUAGAUUGCACAUCAAUUUAGGACACACAUGAUGGUCACCAGUUUUCUGAUUUCAGAGAAUCUGCCACGGACUGGAUUAGAUGGUGCAGAAAUUGACACAGUGAAGUGCAAGAAAUUAAAAUGGCAUUGUAGUUGGUCAAACUUUAGACUUACCAACUUCUUAGUGUUCUUGUAUUUCUUUGUAAGGUUUAAAUUCAAUUUUGUUUCCUGAACAAAAGAUUCAGACUGAGAUUUUUUCAAAGCUGCCUUAAAGAUUUGGAUGCUCAAUGGGUGUCCAAAUCCCUUUGGCAGAUUCAAAAAUCUCAGCCUCAGUGUUGUGAGGUUUUGUUUUCCUUCAAAAGUAAAAAGGCAGCAGCCCAUUACUUACGAGCAACCCAACAAGAAGAACUGAACAUGCAUGGUUCAACACUUGAGCAGGAUAACAAUAAUACAGCAGUGGGCAUUCAUUCAUGAUAAAGGGAAAAAUAUAUUUAACUUUCUAUCUUCCAAAGGGUGGUUAGAAGCAGAUAGGAAGGAAUUUUGUCAGAUUAAAGGGACGGGGUCAAAAUAUUUGUUUUUAAGAGUAUAAUGCUUACAGCUGCAUGUAAAUUACAUCUGCUUUUCAGGCAGUUGCACUUUAACUUUUUUUUGUGUGUGUGUCCCCUUUCUAAAUAUAUCUGUCUUGCUAAAGAAUGGAAUUUUAAGUCUGCUCACUGCAUUUCAGCCUAUCUUCAUAGCAGUGUGGCUGAACAAACAAGCAGAAGCUGCUUUGAAGUCAAUAGCAAUUGCUUUCUGUGCACUGCACAAGGUUACUCCUACACAAACUGGGUUGAGAGGACCUAAGCUUUUGCAAAACCGGGUUUGUGUAUUUAUAUACAGUGGGCCAGAUUCUGCUCUCACUAGCAAAAAAUUCCAUUGCUUUGGGUGAAAUCUAUCAUAAAUGAGAACAGAGUUGGUCCUUCUGCAUACAAUGUUUGCUUUGUUGGCUAUAAAUACUACUUGCACCAGUAAAUUCUUGACCCUGCUUUGGUACUUUUUGAGCUUGAAAAAAAUUGUAUAAAAGACCUCCUAAAGGGUGGAUAGCCACUUUCUCUAUUUUUACUUUACCCAGAGCUGCUUCACUAGCUUGGCACAUCUGACAAUUCAGAGCUUAUCAAUGGCAUCCUGUACAUUUGAGCUUAUGAAACCUAGAGAAAUGUCUGGGUUUUUUGCCCAUUGUGCUUUUCGUGCUUAAGCAAGAUAACAAAGUUAAUGGACUAGUAUUGCCAGAACCUUAAAUUUAUUGGAUUUCCUCAUGACAUUGAUUUAAUACCAUUGGCUUUCAAUCCCCAGUAGUCAACUAUUUGUGAAUGUAUGUGUGGCUUUUGUUCAUUUAAAAAUACAAAGCAGAAUGGUAAAAGAAGGUGUGUGGGGGGAGGCAAGAAUGCUCGCUUCUCAUAUCUCUUCCCUUUUAAUCACUGAGGCAGUAGGCGUUUUGACAUUGUGGCUAUUAAACCACAGAAACGUAUUACAUCAGUACAGAUCAGCACUAAACCACAAAUGCAUGCACAUUCAAUGUUUAACAUUUUAAAAAAACUCUAUCCUGGAGCCCUCUGCAGUAAAUGACAUAAACUAGUGUCUGAUUUAAUGGGCUUGAUCCACUAUAAUAAUGUAACAGCCACCAGUAGACUUCAGUGUUUGGGUUACUGAUCCUGCCAUAGACUACAUACAGCCCUGUGUGUUACUCCAAAUGUAGUUUUCAUAGCUGCUUCUGGGUUUCUUAGUGGUAUUUAAAAAGAAAAAAAAAAUUCCAGGAAUUUUGCAUAUUGCUCAGCUGCAGAGUAAAUAUUUAGGCUCUUUAGGACGUGGUUGUCUUUAUCACUGAUAUCAUGAAAGAGAGUCUCUAUUGUGCCUCUAAGAGACGCAGCACAGAACUCUAAGCUCAAGAGAAAGGGGGCUUUUAGAUUUUUACAGAGCUCUGACCCUUUUACUGGGUAUAAAGAGUCCACACAGUCUCUUGCCCUAAAGAUUUAAGCAGUUCAGCCUUAUUUCAAGGGUUAAUGGGCCAUUUUUAGAUGUAUUUAAAUGUUCAUAGCAUUUGCUUUAAAUAAAACUCGCUUUUAAAACUUUCUAACAAAUGGCUCUAGUGAAGGUGUGAUGUGUAUAUAAUCUAUAUAAAAAUAAUAGCUUGGGUUGCUCCAGUGUGCCAUGUUAAGGCAGCACUGGGUGAUCUCAGUAUGCAGAUUUGUGACCAAACAUAGGAGCAGCACCUUCACCAGUGUAACUUUUGUUUUUAUGAUGUUGGUCCUACUGCCACUCAUGACAUAGCCAAUAGAUUGUACUUCAUGAGUACUUGCUGCAUGUGUUCAAUGCUUGAUAUUUAAAAUGGCUUCAUAAAUCACCUCCCCUGUGUUAUUCCUCAAUUCUGUGUUGCAGCCACCAUGCCUGUUAAUCAAGUAGAAGUGCCUGGCACUCCCUCAGAAGCCACACGCAUCUCUGCAGAAACCCUGCCCUCCGUUUAAGCGGUCUUCCAGCCCCAGCAGUUACAGGGCACAAUUAGGUAUCAAACCAAACUUCCCCCACCCACUUAGCAGCCUAGACUCAGAGCAUGCUUACUUACAAGGGCAGGUCUUGUGGAUUGGUUUUAAUCUCAAUUUAUACUCUCUUUACAAAAUACUCUUAGGUCUGAGAUGCCACGGAUUAUAAUUCAGGUUGCAGCAAAUAUUUACAGCUAAACUGACCAUUAGAAUUUAAAAGGAGUACAUCUCCACCUCACUUUCACCUUCCACACAUUCCAAUCCUCCUUGCAACUUCUAAAAUAGUCUAUUUAUUCUAAAAUAAAUAGUUUUAAGCAGUAUAUUUUUGUCUGAGCUUCAGUUUAUUCAGGGCUUGAUCCUGAGAUGUAGAGAGCACUUUCAAAACCCAUUGACGCACAACUUCUCAGAAUCAAGCCCCUAAAGUGAGCACAGAAACCAGUGGACUGCUCCCUCUCUUACUAAAAUGGUGGUGUGUGGAAAUACUGCUACUGUAAUCAUCCCUUAACUCCUUCCUUUACUCUUUAGAAUUAAAAACUGCUUUAUAGAAUGUGAGACAGACACUUAUUGUCUCCGCAAUGGAAACUGCGUGGCUUUUCAAUGUACCUGGCGCUCAAAUAUAUUCUAAAUGUCUCUCUCACUUGUAACUCUAUACUGUGGAAUACAGGCCUGAUGUUGGCAGAUAUACAAAAUGAUUUGCCUGUGAAGUUUUGUUCACAUUAAAAUAUGUAAAUAAAGAGCUUUACAUUA